AGUUCCAUGUUUGCAGUCGAUCGCAGUCUGUCAAUCGCAAAGCACACUCCGUCUGGGCUCUUAAAAAAGUGUUUUUUCUAUUAAUUAUUAAAAAAUGGGCUUAUCAGCAUUUCUAGCCUACAUCGGUCUCUAUGCCCUGGCUGUUUAUCUCUACGAACAUUUGAAAACGCCAAUCAGAUUACUAAAAAUUCGUUAUUAUGACGAUGCAAAAUUGAGACUUACUAUCAAAGAACGUUAUGGAAAUUGGGCAGCGAUUACUGGAGCCAGCGAUGGUAUUGGCAAGGAGUACGCCAAAGAAUUAGCCCGCCAGGGCAUUAAUGUCGUCCUGAUUGCCAGGAAUGAGGAGAAACUUAAGGCGGUGGUUAAGGAGAUUGAGGUCGAGUCUAAGGUGCAAACUAAAAUUGUUGUUGCCGAUUUCACCAAGGGGUCUCAGGUCUAUGAACAUAUUGAAAAGGAACUGGCCAAUGUUCCUAUUUCCAUUUUAGUAAACAACGUUGGUGCCGGAAAGCCACUCCCGAUCUUAAAAUGGACCCAGGAGGAAACUCAGGACAUAAUCAACACAAAUGUAGUGGCCGUGUCCCAGCUGUCCCGGAUCUUCUUGAAACGGAUGAAGGAGGCUGGCAUUAAAGGAGCUAUCGUGAAUGUUAGUUCAGGAACGGAAUUGCAGCCCGUGCCUUAUGCGGCAUAUUAUGCUGCCUCGAAGGCCUACACCCGAAGCUUAACCCUGGCACUGAAAUACGAAGCCAAGCCCUUUGGAAUCCAUGUGCAGUUGUUGUCUCCGAAUUUCGUGGUGACCAAAAUCAAUUCCUACUCUAAGAAGAUUAUGAAGGGAGGACUGUUUAUCCCUUCAGCGGAGGUAUAUGCCAAAAGUUCAGUAAAUCAGUUAAGAGAUGGAGUCGACGAAACUGCUGGCUAUAUCUGGCAUCAGAUUCAAAAUGCCUUUUUCACUCUUUUCACCUCGCGAAUGAGGACUUUCCUUUCCAUCAAAUUAAAAAUAAGAUAAAUCAGUGACUGAA